UCCGGAGGACAGUACAGGAGUGAACACUGGAGGGUAGCGUCUUCCGUUUCUAUGUUCACUUAUCUAUCACAUUAUAUGAACCUUCAUUAAUAUAAUUGUUUUGUUGCUCUCGUUGUUUAACGAACAAUUUGAAUAUACUAUAAAUACCAAUAAUAGGACACCGCAGUGAAACCGCUGGCGCGUGAGAUGAAAUGACAACGUCAACACUGCAGAAAGCGAUUGAGCUGGUCACUAAAGCCACAGAGGAGGACAAGGCCAAGAACUAUGAGGAGGCGCUGAGACUCUACCAGCAUGCUGUGGAGUAUUUCCUGCAUGCCAUCAAAUAUGAAGCACACAGUGACAAGGCGAAGGAAAGCAUCCGUGGGAAGUGUAUGCAGUAUCUGGACAGAGCCGAGAAACUCAAGGACUACUUGAAAAACAAGGACAAACAGGGCAAGAAACCAGUGAAGGAAACACAGAGCAAUGACAAAAGUGACAGUGACAGUGAGGGAGAAAAUCCUGAAAAAAAGAAACUCCAGGAUCAUCUAAUGGGUGCGAUUGUGAUGGAGAAGCCCAAUGUGAGGUGGAGUGAUGUGGCCGGACUGGAGGGGGCAAAAGAAGCCCUGAAAGAAGCUGUCAUUCUACCCAUCAAAUUCCCACACCUGUUCACAGGCAAGCGCACUCCAUGGAGGGGCAUUCUUCUCUUCGGGCCCCCCGGCACAGGAAAGUCCUAUCUGGCCAAAGCUGUGGCCACCGAGGCCAAUAACUCCACCUUCUUCUCCGUGUCUUCCUCGGACCUCAUGUCUAAGUGGCUCGGCGAGAGUGAAAAACUGGUGAAGAAUCUGUUCGAUCUGGCUCGCCAGCACAAGCCCUCCAUCAUCUUCAUAGAUGAGGUGGAUUCUCUCUGUGGAUCCAGAAAUGAGAAUGAGAGCGAAGCCGCUCGGAGGAUCAAGACGGAGUUCCUGGUGCAGAUGCAGGGUGAGAAACACUCUCUGGCAGUUUGUGAGCUGUGAAAAAACGAAUUCUGCUGAAU